UUUUUUUGUUUGCGUUUUCCCGAGUUCGAAAAGUUGGGGAGGGGAAUGAUGUGGGCCGCAUCGGCUGAACAUUUCGUUUGUGCGAUAUUUCGUGAAACGAUUGGUGAUUCAGGUGUCAUCGAGUUUUAGAAUGAGACCUUUCCUACAUUGAGCUACAUAAACGAGAGGGGGGGAAGCAACAAGAAAAAAGAAAAAAAACAAAAAAACUUCUUGUUGCUGCUGUUGUUGUUGGCCGUUGUUGUUGUGGUUUCUUCGUUCGGCUAUUUUCCGAGUCGCAGCGGAUGCUCUUUGCGGCCGCGUAGCGGUGAACGAAUCGGCGUCGAGAUGGCGCUUGUGCUCCUACCGUGCGAUUUGCCCACCUGGCCGACGCUCCAGCGACACCUGAACACGCUGAAACAGGAAGCUCGAACGGGCGGGCAGCUCAAAGAGUGCAUGCUCAAGAUCUACAAUUUAUGCAAUACAAGUUUGGAGCCUGAUGAAGAGCCUCUGGGCGACCAGCGAGUCUUUGACGUCCUUUGCGCUGAGGUGGUCGACACCUGGUUGAGCGACGAGGAGCGCCAGGACCUGUUCGACACCCAACUGCCCACCAUGGUCGACUACGCCCUACAACUCAAGAGCCUGAAGCCGCUGCGCGGUCUUCACUUUAGCCUCCAACAGCAAAGCGAUCGAGUGGAGAUUGAUAGGCGUUUUGCGGCCUCGCUGGUGGCCCACGCCUUCUUCUCCACUUUCCCGCGGCGGACGGUCAAGACCCACCCGACGCUGCAGGAUUUCAACUUUGCCGGCCACUUUUUCCAACACCUGCACAGGCGAUCGCAGCGAGCUAAGCUGCGCUCCGUCUUGCACUACUUCCAGCGACUGAGCGAACGUCCGCCCGAGGGACACGUGACCUUUGCUAGGCAGGUCAUGUCGGGUCGGGAGUGGUGCACGCUGGAGGAGUGGCUCCAGUGCCGACGCCCGCUGUGCCCGCUCGUGGUACGCCACGAUGGCCGCGUAGAGUAUCCAUCGUCCGACUCGACGAUGCCCAUGUCUGUCAACAACAACAACAACAACCGGCCAAGUGUCGGCCAAUCGGCCGAACCGCCGGCCGGAAUUCGAGUCUGUUUCGCCAGCCGUCGCAUCGGCGGGUCUUUUCUCGACGACGGCACGUCACAGGAGUGCGCAGCAUUUAGCAGCCAUCCCGAGUUGCUAUCCCUCUUGCCUUAUGUGGAAUCGCUGGAAGACAACGAGGCCAUCACGGCCAGCGGACUCUGCACCUACUCCAUUAUUCAUGACCUGAAAAACAAAGCCGUCUUUGAUGCAACAGCCGGCCAACAAACAACAACUGCCAACGCCGCCACCAAGACGGCGUUGACGACAACAUCGGCGGCGACGACGUCUCCGAUAUCGAGCUCAUCACUCCCACAGGUGACGCAAGCGCAGACUGCUAUGUGUCUGAUUGACGCGGAAGAUUACAGCGACUUACCCAUACGUCAGUACGAGGAAGACAACGUCCUCCGCGAGCUUAACAAGGCCUAUUUGGGAUUUCGCCAACAUUAUCCGGACGCGGCGAGGGCCGAACAGCCGCAACCGAAGGAGCAGCCGCAAUUAGAGCAGCGUCUGCCCAUCGCCGGUGCUUCCAGGGACUUGUCGCCCAGCAGUCGCAGUAGACAGGCCAGCACGAUCACCGAUCACACGAUGAGUCAAGAUUGGGCGGACUUAACCCGCAGCACGACGUUAGUGGCCUCGUCAGGCGAUCCUUCAUCCCCUCGGCCGAGCAUUUGCCCGUCGAUGGCCAGUCAAGAUCAAUCUCACGUGGCGGCCGAUGAGACGGAUCAUCGCGGACGUUCGGCUCACAACCCGACGAUGCUCUACGGCGGCGGUCGCAACGUGCCGCUGACGCUGGCCAAAGCCACUGUUGUCAAGCAGAUCAUGACCCGCGUCAAAGACGCUGGAUUAUCUGAGCUGCCGUCGUCGUGCGUCUUGCCUAAGAAAGCCGGCUCCAUUUACGCUAGUUGCCAUUCGCAAGACGAAGACCUCAACAGCUCGAUGGAGGAGUUCCGCAGCGCCAACACCAGCCUGGACGAAGAUGAGGUACCAUCGCGAGCAGCAGCAGCCGCCGUCAAUCGAAUGCAACGCCACCGCAACUCGACCGACCGGAAUGGCAACGAUCAGCUGAACAAGUCGAGAGGUUCCAGCACCGAAUCCGACAGCAGUGCGGAGAAUCGGCGGCCGGAAUCGCGUGGUUUCGCUCUAGACAGCCAACACGAAGAAGAUUCGUUUAGCGGCGACGGCCUGGAACGCGAGAAACGCUGGCUGGAUCACUUCCGCGAGCGGAGAGGCCCGCGCAGCACUCGCAGUGGCAAUCUCAAAGAUUCGUCUUCCUCCUCCAAGGAUUCUUCCCGCUACAGUUUCAGCACCGAAUUCAGUUCCGAACUGGAUGAGCUCUACGAUCAGUUUAGCCACUGGCUGGACGAUCCCAACGGCGGCGAAUCGCUGCAGCAAAACGGCCGCAAUGCGGCAGUGUUCCGCUUCGCCCACGGAUUAUUAAAGCGGGCAUUGAGCGACUCGUUCGCCAGCGUAGCGCUCAGCAUCGAAAACCUAUCCGCCCACCCGGAGACGCUGAUGAAAGACAUCAAACUGGCGGCAUCGAGCGAGGGUCGGCGCGGAUCGAACAAGCGCUCGUGGAGCUUGAACGAACACGUCGGAGACGAGCGAUUGGCCCUGCAGUUGGCCAAGGAGAUGGUGGAACGAGAAACGCUGAUGGAGGAACAAGUUCUACCGAUGCCGGACAUUGUUCCCCUACUACCGGUGGACGCCAUCGAGGAGGAAGCGGCGCUGGACGAGCCGGAAGAGCCGAAAAAAACGACGGCCAUGAAGAAGAAGAGCAACAGCAAAUCGAGAAUGGCGUGUCAGUUGAACUCGCAGCAUUCAGUGGAGAGAGUGGUGUUACUGGAUCGGAUGUCACCAGUGGAGAGCGAAGUCGGCACGGAACUGCUCCUUCACGGGGUCGGACGAUGCUGCGAGGCCAUCAGCGAGUCGAACCGUUCCAGUAACGCCGGCGAGGAUUCUGAAUCGCAGACGCCGACGCCGAUGAACCCGACGCCGCCCAGAACUCGUCGCGGCUCGUGGUUUUUCAAAAAAUCGCGCGAACAGCGUCACCAUCCCAGCAUCAAGCAUCAGAGGGCUCGUUCCAACAGUGUGCCGACCGUCAUGGAACUGUCGCAGUUGAGCCUCUGGCAACAGCAAAUGGCCGAGCAGCUGAAACAGAGUCUCAUUCCGGACAUCAUCGUCUCCGACGAGAACACGGAAGACGACGAGUGUUUCAGCAGCCAGCAGAGCCAGAGACGCCAUCGCAGCUACGACGACCAAUUGCAGAAUUUCGCCCAGUCUAGUGAGUCUUUGCUUAGCGACGAUGUGGUGGAGGGAUUCAGCUGGACCAUGGCAGAGACGAUCAUCGAGGACAUCAUGAAAGAGAUUGGGUCGAAGCAGACGCAACUCUCUUUGCCCACUCGUCACAACCCCAGCGGAGGAGUAGGCAAAAUAGGCCUUCACAAUCCCCUUAAAAUGACCAACAAAUUGCCUGGAAAGAGCAUCUUGAAGAUAUCUAGCAACGAUUCACUGCAUCGGAGUCAUAGCGGAUCGCUGGAACAACCGCAGGAGAAUGUCGAACGGCCGACUUUCGCCAUUCACAAGACCAUCGCUGAGCAUAUGGCUGAACAGCAGCAUCAAAAUGCGCCGAUGUCGUGGUCGCAUCGUAGCACAUCGAUGCCCAGUCUGAGGGCCAUUGACGAACUCGAAUCUCUCAAUACAUCCAGCAUCCUUGAUGAGAGCGAGGCCAUUCAAAUGACAAACGGCAAUCAAAGGGAUGAUGAGAAACAAUUUGGGCAAGUGAAUGGUGGCUUACUGCCCAUCAUUACCGGUAACUGGGGCUGCGGCUCAUCCGGCGGCGGAGACGCUCAGCUCAAAUCCAUGCUCCAGUGGAUGGCGGCGUCGCGCUCUGGCGCACCUUGUCUCGUUUAUUACACGGCUGGAGCCAGUUCCGUCGUCAAGCUGGAUAUCGUCUGUCGUGUGAUUAUGGAUCGGCAGUGGACCGUCGGUGAUUUAGCCGGUGCCCUGCUGCGCUACUGCCGCGCCCGUCUCGAUCCCCGUCGGCUGGACUUGAUCAGCCGACUGGAAACGCACUACCAGGCUGUCAUAGCCGGCUCAUCGGCAGUGGAUGCCGCAGACGAACGGCAAAUCAGUCUUUCAACUUGUUCGGAAUGUCCCGGACCGCAUUCGGGAACAGAACGACUUCUUUUUGAUGAGCUUCUUGGUCAAUAUCCCCUCAAACAAACCGAACUGUGACAUAUCUAUAUACAACAAUUCAAUUCUAAAUUGAUCGUCUAGACGCUUGAUUAUUACAGUGUGAGGAGAUGCAUUUCAAAGUCAUCAACGGGCCAUUAUAGACCGAUAUGUCCGCAAAAAACGAUAUGUCCCACCACGGAUAUACUAUAUAUCUUUUUGUCAUUUCUAAACGCAACUUCUUUAGGAGGAUGAAUUCAUGUUUAUUUUUUUUUUUUUUUUUCUUUUUGUUUCAUGGAGAACCCAUUUUUCUUUUUUUUUCUUUUUUUUUUUUGUUUAUUUGGUUUUUAAUUUCAAAACUUUAGAUGACGAAAAAAAGAAAACAAAAAAAAAAAAAAAAACAAGAAAACUUUGUCGCAUCUUGGAAGUAACUGGUUCAACCAGUCCAGUGAGGCUGCUUCACACACGUGAAUAUUAUAAAUAGAUUGGUUAAACGAAAAUACAGUUAUUGUCGAAAU